CGCGGCAGCAGGUGAGCGCGCAGCAUCGGCUCCUCGCUGUUUCAGAAACGCAGAGCGGCGGAAUAGCGGAGCCAUGGGAAAGCUUCAAGAAUUUGAUAUCACUUUUACCAACAACAAGGUGGUCUACGGUCCCGGAGAGUCUAUUAGCGGAAAUGUGAAAAUACGAACCGGCCACUCGUUGCAGUACAAAGCCAUCAAGGUCUACUGUCAGGGAUCAUGUGGGAUCUCCAACAAAAUGAACGAAGCCUCGUGGGCUCUGGAGGAGCAGUACUUCAACAGCACGCUGUCUAUUGCUGACAAAGGAACCCUGGUGGCAGGCGAGCACAGUUUCCCCUUCCAGUUUGUCCUUCCAGUCGCUGCCCCCACUUCCUUUGAGGGACCCUUUGGGAAGAUUAUCUACCGAGUGAGGGUGGCUAUCGACACACCACGCUUCUCUAAGGACUACAAAGCCCAGAGAGCCUUCUACCUUCUCAACCUGCUCAACCUCAAUGAGGUGCCUGAAAUUGAACAUCCGAGUUACGCUGUGACCACCAAGAAGUUCAGCUACCUCCUGGUGAAGACAGGGACCCUGAUGCUGAAAGCUCGCAGUGACCUGAGAGGUUACAUCCCCGGGCAGGUCAUCAAGUUAGCCACUGAGAUCCACAACAAGUCUGGGAAGGACACGGGCUAUGUGCUGGCCAGUCUCAUACAGAAAGUAACCUAUAAGACUAAGCGGCCUGUGGUCGACCUGCGGACCAUCGCAGAGGUGGAGGGAGCCGGAGUGAAAGCAGGAAAACACGCGGAGUGGAGAGAGCAGAUCAUCGUCCCUCCUCUUCCUCAGUCAGCACUGGCCGGCUGUAGCCUCAUACACAUCGACUACUUCAUUCAGGUGUCGCUCAAAUCUCCGGACGCAGUGGUCACGCUGCCUAUCUACAUCGGGAACAUCGCUGUGAACUUGUCUCCAUCGAGACCCAUGCCCCCCACUCCGGACCACCGCAUUGCUCCCAGGCCUCCCAGCGCUCCCAGCGCGGCGGGCGUGACCCCCAGCGCCCCACCGGUGGAGGAGCUAGAGGAGGGGAUGUGUGCAGGGGGCGUGGCCAGUGAGGAGCUCCCCACCAAGAGUCACUCUCAGCAGGACCCCUCGGGGCAGCCGGUCACCAUGUCCCCCAGCGCCUUCAGCCAAGCCCCCGGGGUAGCGCUGCCUCCCGGCCUCAGGCUGGACGCCUCCGCCCCUCUGUUCUGUGUGUCCACCGGGGCCACCAUACCUUUCUUCACCGAGGGAAACGUGACUCCUAUCCCCACCUCCUGCUCGCUCAUCCUCCCUCCAGAGUACAGCAGCUGCGACUACCCUCAUGAGCCCCCACCCACCUAUGAGGAAAGCUGUAGCGCCAACUCCACUUUCAACAGUAUACAGUAAGAGAAGGUGAUGAAGCAUCAUGGCCACGCCCCCCCACACCUGUUUCCAUUCGCCUCUCGAGAAAUCGGGACAGAGACACGUCGGGUUAGAGAGGACGGACGAUAACUCUUUGUCCUCGAAUAAGAAAAAAAAAAGGGAUAAAAUCUUAUAUGAUAUAAGUUUUCAUUUAAAUUCUUGUCUCAUCAGGUAGUGUCAGUUAGAGCGGGUGAACAUCACUGUGCCUACAAGAAGUAUUUUGGAUCAUCAUUUAGAAUAUUCAGUGAUUGGACAUGUUUCUUUUAGGGGCGGAGUCAAAUCUGUUUUUGUUUUUUCAACGAACUUUCGCAUCUGUGAUGCCUUGAAAAUGAUCUCUGCCUACUGAAGGCUCGGGUUCGGCCUUUUUUUGUCUUGUUUUAACUGUGUAAUUGUUAUCGUGGUCCACCACUGUCCGUUUGUAACUCAGUUGUCCUCAUCUUCACCAGGGCAGAGCUGUCGUCAUGAUGGACAUUGAGAGGACAUUUUCACCGUGUUUUGUCUAGUUGGACUAGUUAAACCCCUACUUAAAUUAUUCUGAUGGUCUUUGUUUGAGGAAAUAUGAGACACCACUUUCCAAAAUCGGUCUAUGUUCUCUGUAGCAGCAUGCACUACUGUCUUUUUUAAUAUUAUGCCACUAGAAUACAGAUAGGGGCGUUAAUGUCUCAGCAAAACCUCUCAGCUGUGUAACUUGAAACACAGUUAGUAAUAAACUACACAUGAUUAUUACAUUACAUGUUACUUAUUAGACACUUUUAUCCAAAGCGACUUACAUACUCAAUACUGUGGACA